UCUGAAGAAAAAAAAAACAGAGAGAAUAGAGUAAAUUAAUUAGAGAAAAAAUUCGUGGGACCCAAAACUGGACAUGGGCUUCUUCAUCAUCUGUUUGAUUUGGCCAUCUUAAAGAAGAAGCAUCAUCAACACAGGACUGAAUUUUUUCUCCUUACUUUCUCCAUUCUUGGACCAAUCUUGGUGAUCUUCUUCGAUUCACUUUGAUUGUUCCAAGCUUAUCCAUCGCUUUCAUAAUUAACAUGUACGAAAUCCCACAAUAUUCGCUCUCUCUCCAACAUAACAAUAUUACUAUUUGUCUUGCAUCAUUGCAUGUAUUUUGGCAAGUUUAGAUGAGGCGGUGAAAUGGGGUUGAAGAUGUCAAAGAAGGGGCAGAAAAGCCCCGAGAGCAGCAUGAAUGUCCGUUUUGUUCGGAGCCAGCUGGUGAGCUGCCUCUGGAAGAACUACAUACGCAACCUCGUGUCGAAGAAGAGGCGGCGGCUGCUGGUGGACGGAUACGAUCUCGACAUGACGUACAUCACCGAUCGCAUCCUCGCGAUGUCGUUCCCAGCGGAGCGCAUGCGCGCCAUGUACCGCAACCCUCUCUGGCAGGUGAAAUCCGUGCUCGAGAUGAAACACCGAGGCCACUACAAGGUCUACAACUUGUGCAUUGAGGAAGACUACGACCCUCUGCAUUUCAAUGGAUGUGUCGAGAGAUUCCCAUUUGAUGACAACCAUGUCCCGCCCUUGUCUAUGGUCAAGGACUUUUGUCAAGAUGUCCAUUCCUGGCUCGCAACCGAUCCUAAAAACAUUGCAGUUGUGCACUGCAUGGCAGGAAAAGGUCGAACUGGCUUGAUGGUUUCUUGUUAUCUAGUGUACACCGGCAUGCCCGCGGAGAAGGCCUUGCAUUUGUACGCGGAGAGGCGAACCACAAAUAACGAAGGAGUGUCGAUAGCCAGCCAGCGUCGCUACGUCGCAUACUGGGAGAAAACGCUCUCACACUCAAACACCCUCGAUCUUGCUUCUUCCCCAUACGUAAAUUUGCCUCAGCCCUGCACCAGAGAGCUCCAGCACAUCCGCCUCUACGACGCCGCCAACAUUUCUCAGGUGUUCGUCGUCGUCUCGGAGCUGCAGGAGAUAGCCGAGCAACGCUACCGGCCUUCGGUGGAAGUGUCCAAGACAUGCUGCAGGAGAAUCGGAACGGAUAAUGAGAAGUCGUACGAGUCCCGAUAUUACUACUCCUUCGUGGACAGGGACGGCGAGGGGAAGAAAGACGCCGAUGAAGAGCCGCGUCUGGUUGUCCAGAUGGACACCGAAAGCUCCAUUAUCUACCAGAAGACUUGCCUCGGCCAUCACUACGAGAAGCCGUUGCGGUUGACGGGAGAUGUGCGGGUGAUUUUCUAUGAGAAGCUGAUCGGAGGGCGCCUCUUCUACGUCUGCUUCAACACGGCCUUCAUAACCGGAAGCCUAUUGCAGUUUUCGAUAAGAGAUUUGGAUAAAGUGGGGCAGAAAGGGCGUUCCAUCUGUGGCCCUUCAUUCUGCUUGGAGUUGUUCUUCGGUCCCUCAAAUGCCAACUGUUUGAUGCCUGCAAACGAUUUCUAAUACUUAUAUAUAUAACGUGAAAUCAUUCUAAAGCAUGCAGUUUUACAUUUGUAGCUGCAAGCAAUUUCUAGUAUCUAAAUAUCUAGGGUGGUUUCGUGUGAAAAAGCCAUCGUUGAAUCAUGCAUCAAUUUUCCUUGUAACAUAACACAAUCUUCCCAACUGCAUUUGGCCGUCUCUUUUUGAAAUACCACAUUUUGUAGUUAGGAUCAUCAAUGUGUGCUUCAUAUUUUUGUGCUCUAGUUAUGACCAUGCAAUUUUUCAAACUCUUUA